AAUGAUUCUGUAAAUAACAUGAGUCAUGCAAGACAACUACCGGAGUUACUGCCCUUACCUGCUUCUGCUUCAGCUGCACCUUCAGAAUUGUAUCAGCUUGUCCUUAAGAGCAGCUGUUAUCCUCCUUUGAUGCAACAACCAUCACGGACUUUGGCAGCUCCAUUCAAAGAACAAAGUUACGACCGAAACCCAAGUGAUUCCAUAGCUAAUAACUAUACUCCUAGUGCAUGAGAUUUAAAAAUGAAAAAUUUUCACAAAAUAAAGUCCUCUUCAGUGAUGGGAACAUCACUGGGUUCAGCAAAGCAGAGAACAGCCUCACCGCCUUUGUUAAACAGUUUGGAUUUCAUUUCACUGUGUGCACUUGCUCAUAUGCCAGAAUUACGUGGCAUACAUUAUACAGACAACCAACCAUUGACCCCAGAAGAACAAUUUGUUGUCAUGCAUUUACAUGAGAAAGAGAUAAAUAAUCGAGAAAAGGCACCUUCAAGAAAUGAUAUAGAGCGGUACUGUUACUACAUAUAUAAUGGAGUGCAAGAAGACAUGCUGGCACCUCAGGAUAAGGAAGUGAUGAAUGUAAUUUUAAAGUAUAUUCCAACUCACAUUCUUGCUAACCCUGACCUGGAGAAUUUGCUUGCAAGUUUAAAAGAAGAGAUUAAGGCACACUAUCGCAUCAAACUCAUGAAAGCCAUUGAUAAGGCUCAAAAUCUCCUAGCAAUUCAAAGAAGAUUCCUAUUUCCAGCAUUAAAAAGAUAUUAUCUCACUCUCAGAACAGUCAAAUCAGAUGAAUCAUUGUUUUCAAAGUAUGUGAACAAACUUGAGAAGAUCUUUGAAAGCAACAUACUUGGUACACAGAAGUAUUUAAACAUGUACAGGAAAUAGCAAGAUGUCACAGAUUUCUUGAAGGAAGUUCAUUCUUUAGAAGCCUUAGCAGAGAAGAUUGAAACAACACUGAAAAGAGAGAUUGCUUCCAUGCAUGUCACUGUCCCUCUGGCCAUGUUCUGUCUGGAUGCUGUACAACUGAAUGAAGAUCUCUGCAAUUGGACCCAAAAUCUCAAAGAUAGAUUAAUUGAAUUUGAAGUGAUGGAAAACAGAGACACUGAAACCUUAAUUUGCAAUGAAUAUAACUUAAUUGCAAAGAGAAUGAGUGAGGUGCCUCAGAACACUGAAGAGCUAGUGGAAUUUGAUGCAUACUUAAAGAAAUCCAGUGAAGUUACUGUUUUUAAACUGAAACAGGAGGUCACUGAAGCAGCACACAGACUGAAAUUCCUCAUGAACUAUGCUGAUCUUUCUAAUUCUGACAUAAACCUGAAUAGUGCAGUUUUCCAUUGGCCUGAUCAAAUCGAGAUAAUAUUUGACAACAGUAGAGAUCAGUUCUGUAGCUGGAAGAAUCAUGCAGAGAAGGCUUUGCGUGAAAGGUGUUCUCGGUUUGAGGAAAUUCUUGAAGGUUAUAAUAGAGAAGUAGAAAGCUAUGAAAAGCAGGAUGUCAUGACCACAGAAGAAAUUAGGAACAACGCUGAGAAGUUUAAAGAAUUAAAUAAGAAUCUAGAUGAUGCACUAGCAGAAUUUGAGGCUAUUAAUAAAGAAGAGGAGUUACUUCAGCGAGAGAAGAGUCAAUUUCCUAUACUGCAAACUGUAAUUGUCAGCAAACAACCCUUUGAGCAACUCUGGAUAACAGCAUAUGAUUUCCAUACCAAAUCUGAGGAGUGGAUGAAUGGCUCUCUCUGGAAUUUGAAUGCUGAUGAAAUUACUGAAGAAAUUGGAAAUAUGCAGAGGACUAUAUACAAGCUUAGUAAGAGUUUUCCAGAUUUGCCUGGGCCUAGACGCAUAGCAGACUAUAAGAUUGAUAAAUUUCAACACCAUCUUCCUGUCCUGUCAAUUGCUUGCUAUCAUGGAAUGAAGGAGAGACAUUGGGAGCAGAUUAGUGAAAUUGUAGGAUGUGAGAUCAGGCCUGAUGAAACUACUACUCUUAAAAACAUGUUGGAAUUUGGACUCUCAAAAUGUAUUGAUCAGCUGGAACCUAUUGGAGCAGCUGCAAAUAAGGAGUAUUCCUUACAAAAAUCAAUAGAGAAAAUGAAAUCAGAGUGGGUCAACAUGCAGUUCAGUCUGGUGCAAUACAGGGAUACUGACACCUGCAUCCUGUCAGCAGUCGAUGACGUCCAGCUUUUGCUGGAUGAUCACGUUGUUAAGACUCGGACAAUGUGUGGCUCUCUCUUCAUCAAACCAAUAGAAGCUGAAUGCCAGGCUUGGGAAACUAAGUUGUUCUUGUUAAUGCAAGAUAUUCUAGAUAUCUGGUUAAAAUGUCAGGCAACAUGCUUGUAUUUGGAACCAAUUUUUACUUCAGAAGACAUUAUAGCUCAAAUGCCUGAAGAGGGCAGAAAGUUUGGGGUUGUGGAUACACACUGGAAGGACAUUAUGGCCCAAGUGGUGAAAGAUACAAAGGUACUUGUAGCAACUGAACAACCCAUGAUGUCAGACAGACUUCAGGAAGCAAAUACUCUCUUAGAAGACAUUCAAAAGGGAUUGAAUGAUUACUUGGAGAAGAAAAGAUUAUUUUUCCCAAGAUUCUUUUUCCUGUCUAAUGAUGAGCUGCUUGAAAUACUCUCUGAAACAAAGGAUCCCCUUUGAGUACAACCACAUUUAAAGAAGUGUUUUGAAGGAAUUGUUAAACUGGAUUUCACAGAAGAUAUGGAGAUCGUAGGCAUGAUCAGUUCAGAGAAAGAAACUGUUCCUUUCAUAGACAAAAUCUAUCCAGCAGAUGCAAAAUGUAUGGUAGAAAAAUUGCUUUUGCAAGUAGAGAAAAUGAUGCUGGCCAGUUUAAGACAAGUUCUUCAAGAUGGCAUAAUAGGAUAUAUUGAGGUUCCUUGAAAAACGUGGGUACUUCAGUGGCCUGGACAGGUGGUUAUUUGCGUUUCAUCCAUCUACUGGACAGAAGAAGUAUCUGAGGCUAUAAGGAAUGGAACUUUACCAGAUUUCUUAGAGAAGAGCAAUCUACAAAUUGGGGACAUCGUUGAGUUAGUGAGAGGAAAGCUGUCCACUGGAGCCCGGCUGACGCUUGGAACUCUUACUGUCAUUGAUGUGCGUGCUCGUGAUGUGGUUGCAAAAUUGGUUGAAGAAAUCACAGGUCUGAAUGACUUCCAGUGGAUUUCUCAGCUGAGAUACUACUGGGAAGAGAAGGAUGUAAUUGUGCAAAUGAUUACAACAGAAGCCAAAUAUGGUUAUGAGUAUCUGGGCAAUUCUCCAUGUCUGGCUGUAACCCCACUAACAGAUCGAUGUAACAGGACAUUAAUGGGUGCCUUGAAAUUAAAUCUUGGUGGUGCUCCAGAAGGACCUGCUGGAACUGGCAAAACAGAAACAGCAAAAGAUCUAGCAAAAGCACUAGCUAAGCAGUGUGUGGUCUUUAAUCGCUCCAAUGGUCUUGAUUACAAGGCAAUGGGCAAGUUUUUUAAAGGGCUAGCACAGUCUGGUGCAUGGGCCUGCUUUGACAAAUUCAAUAGAAUAGAGGUUGAAGUUUUAUCUGUAGUUGCCCAACAGAUACUUAGCAUACAGCAAGCUAUUAUUCGCAAACUCAAAACAUUCAUCUUUGAAGGGACAGAGCUCUCUCUUAAUCCUACCUGAGCUGUGUUUAUCACAAUGAAUCCUGGGUAUGCUGGAUGGGCAGAACUGCCUGAUAAUCUGAAGGCACUGUUCCGGACAGUUGCCGUGAUGGUUCCAGAUUAUGCUUUGAUUGGAGAAAUUUCACUUUCUUCAAUGGGAUUUUUGGACUCUCAGAGUCUUGCCCAGAAAAUUGUUGCCACUUACUGUUUGUGCUCUGCAUCUCAGCAUCAUUAUGAUUAUAGAAUGCGUGCUGUUAAAUCUGUCCUGACAGCAGCAGGAAACUUAAAACUGACAUACCCAGCUGAAAAUGAAAGCGUAUUGUUAUUUCGGGCAUUGCUGGAUGUUGACUUGGCCAAAUUCUUGGCACAGGAUGUGCCAUUGUUUCAGGGCAUUAUAUCUGACCUGUUUCCUGGGUUGGUUACUCCUACACCUGACUAUGACCUGUUUGUCCAGGCACUGACUGAAAAUAAAAAAAUGGGUCUUCAACCAGUUCCAUGGUUCAUUGGAAAAAUUAUUCAGGUAUAUGAAAUGAUGAUGGUGCACCAUGGUUUCAUGAUUGUUGGAGAUCCUUUGAGUGGGAAGACCUGUGCAUACAAAGUGCUAGCGGGAGCUCUUGGCAAUUUCUGUGCAGCUCAUCUGUUAAUCUUUUUCCACAGCAAAAUCCAUGGAACUGAAUACACAGUUAUUAAUUCCAAAGCAAUUACUAUGGGACAGUUGUAUGGCAGUUUUGAUCCUGUAAGCCAUGAGUGGUCAGAUGGAGUUCUUACAAAUGUUUUCAGAGAACAAGCAUCUUCUACUGCAGAGGAUCAGAAGUGGAUUAUUUUUGAUGGCCCAGUGGAUGCAGUUUGGAUAGAGAACAUGAACACUGUGCUGGAUGGUAAUAAAAAGCUAUGCUUAGUGAGUGGUGAAAUAAUUCAGAUGAAUUAAAAAAUGAGUUUAAUCUUCGAACCAGCAGACUUAGAGCAGGCAUCUCCCGCAACUGUCAGCAGGUGUGGUAUGAUCUAUAUGGAUCCGCAGCAGUUAGGUUGGAAGCCCCUGAAGGAUUUCUACAUGAAUACACUGCCUCCAAACCUGCAAGAAGAACACCAAGAGCUCGUCAAUGACAUGUUCAUGGGGCUAGUCCAGCCCUGUUUAGACUUUAUUCACCUUCAUUGCAAAGCCAUUAUACAAACAUCCUCUCUUCAUCUGAGUUACAGCUUGAUGAGAUUCUUUACUUGUCUGCUUGAUGAAAUAGAGGAAUCUGGGGAAGAGGAGAAGGAAAGCACGUCUAGUCAGCAGAUCAUGUUGUGGCUGCGGGGGCUCUUCCUUUUUGCUUUGGUUUGGACUAUUGGUGGGAUCAUCAAUGCAGACAGCAGAAAGAAAUUUGAUUUGUUUUACUGCAACUUGCUACUGGAAGUGGUUGGUGAAAACCCACACCCUAAAAAUGUGAAGCUUACCAGAAACGUCUUCCCAGAAAAAGGGAGUGUUUAUGACUUGUAUUUUCACAAGCAUGGCAGUGGGCAGUGGCACAUGUGGACAGAGUACAUUACAAAAGAAGAGCAAGUUAUCUCCCCAGGGGCUAAGGUAUCUGAGCUAAUCAUUCCGACAAUGGAAACUGCUAGACAAGUGUUUUUUCUUAAAACAUAUGUGGAGCAUAAUAUCCCUUUGCUUUUUGUGGGUCCCACUGGCACUGGGAAAUCAGCUAUAACAAACAGUUUUCUACUACAGCUUCCAAAGCUAACAUACUUCCCAAGCUUCAUCAACUUCUCUGCAAGAACCUCUGGUAACCAAACCCAGGAUAUUAUUAUGUCUAAGCUGGACAGAAGAAGAAAAGGAUUAUUUGGGCCCCCUUCAGGGAAAAAAGCUAUAAUAUAUGUGGAUGACCUAAACAUGCCAGCAAAGGAAGUGUAUGGAGCCCAGCCACCUACUGAGCUUCUCAGAUGAUGGAUUGAUCAUGGUCACUGGUAUGACAGGAAAGAUAUAUCCAAGAUUAAUCUCAUAGAUGUGCAGCUUGUUUCAGCUAUGGAACCACCUGGGGGAGGCAGGAAUGGUAUUACAGGACGCUUCACAUGGCACUUGAAUAUUGUAUCUAUCUGUUCUUUUGAUGAUGACGUAUUAACCAAGAUUUUUACUGCAAUUGCUGAUUGACACUUCAGCAAAGGCUUUGAGUCUCUCUUCUUAAGGCUAGGUAAGAUGAUGGUCCAAGCGACAAUGGUGAUUUAUAAAAUGGCGAUUGAGAGUUUUCUCUCAACUCCUUCAAAAUCCCACUAUGUCUUUAAUCUAUGGGAUUUUUCUAGGGUUAUUAAAGGAGUGCUGCUUUGUGCACACACUCGUUUGCAGGAUGGAGAUAAACUGAUCAGACUUUGGAUUCAUGAGGUUUACCGAGUUUUCUGUGAUCGCUUAGUUGAGGAGGAGGACAGGAAGGUAUUCUUUCAGAUGGUACAAGCAGCAACAUCAAAUAGCUUCAAGCAGAGCUUUGAUAAGGUACUGAGUCAUCUCUCACCUACUGGAGAAAUCUCUGAUAAUAAUAUUCGCAGCUUGUUCUUUGGAGAUUAUUUGAUGCCAGACACUAAUGAAAAAGUGUAUGAUGAAAUCACAGACUUAGAUCAACUGACAACUGUGAUGGAACGCUACCUUGAGGAAUACAACAAUAUCAGCAAAGCACCAAUGUCCUUAGUCAUGUUCAAGUUUGCUAUUGAGCAUAUCUCAAGGAUAUGCAGGGUGUUGAAACAGGAUAAUGGACAUCUGUUGUUGGUGGGAGUUGGUGGGAGUGGUCAACAAAGUGCUACCAAGCUAGCCACCUACAUGAAUAACUUUGAACUCUUUCAAAUUGAAAUUACAAAGUCCUAUGGAAUCUAUGAAUGGAAAGAUGAUGUUAAACGAGUCAUGCUACAAGCAGGUGUAGGUAACAAAAAUGUGUCCUUUUUGUUCUGCAAUAAUCAAGUAAAGGAUGAAUCAUUUGCAGAAGAUAUAAACAUGCUUUUGAAUACUGGUGAUGUGCCCACUAUCUUUGCAGCAGAUGAGAAAGCUGAAAUUGUUGAGAAAAUGCAAGCUGCAGCAAGGAUGGAGAACAGGAAAAUUGAAGCUACUCCCCUUGCUAUGUACAAUUUCUUCAUUGAAAGGGUGAAGAAAAAUUUGCAUAUUGUCUUAGCCAUGAGUCCUAUUGGAGAUUAAUUUUGGAAUAGAUUACGGAUGUUCCCUUCACUGAUAAACUGCUGCACAAUUGAUUGGUUCCAAACCUGGCCUACAGAUGCUUUGGAAAUGGUUGCUAACAAGUUUUUAGAAGAUGUGGAACUUGAAGAUGACAUUAGAAAAGAGGUUGUGUCAAUGUGCAAAUAUUUCCAAGGAAGUGUGAGAGAGCUCUCCAUCAGCUAUUAUGCUACACUGCAAAGACACAACUAUGUGACACCAACGUCAUACCUAAAAUUGAUUCUUACCUUUAAGACACUGCUCAGUAGCAAAAGGCAAGAAGUUGACAUGAUGAGAAUUCAUUAUCUUAUUGGACUUCAAAAACUUGACUUUGCAUCUUCACAAGUUGCAGAGAUGCAGAAAGAACUGACUGAUCUUCAGCCUGAACUGAUUCAAACUUCUGCAGAAACAGACAAAAUUAUGAUCAAGAUUGAAAAGGAAACAACCGAAGUAGAUGCAAAGAAGGAACUAGUGUCAGCAGAUGAAAAAGAGGCGAAUGAAGCAGCAGCUGUUGCUAAAGCUAUUAAGGUAGUGUACCAGGGCACAAGCCUGGAGCAUGAUGGGUUCCAAGUCUUUCCAAAUAAAUGGCAGUUGUGA